UCCUCUCUUCCUACUUUCUCUCUCAAGGACUAUCGUCGUAGAUCUUGUUCAGAAACCGCAAAUCUAGGGAAUUCCUCUGCUAAUCCACUGAAUCGUUACUCUUCUACUUCGUCUUCAACCUCUGGAUCUUCUCUGUACAUCAAAAAGUUUGAUCCCUUUUCCGAUGAUAGUGGAAUUGAAGAACUGAAUCAAGAUGCCGUGGACGUCAUCUCUUGCUAAUUACAACAGUAAAUGUGUUCGCUUGGUGGUGUUCUUUCGCGUUAUUCUGUAAUUUGAUCUAUUUUGUUUCACUUGCCACUGCAGGUGAGCUUCCAUUGGAGUUUUAUUCUUUUUGAGAAUUCGCUUGUUGGGUUUUCGAAUUUAAAGCUGGUUGGAGGAGUGAGAAUGUUCAUUGCAGUAACCAUCAAAAGAUAUCGAGCUGUUAAAGAAGUUGGAAAGAUUAAAAUGAGUGUUGGGAUCAUUGCUUACUACCAAGUGAUGCAAGUUUGCCAGGCUGAAUACUUUCGUCAGUUGCUCAAACCUGUCACGUAGUCUGAUAUUUUCCAAACCAUCGGACUUUGGGAUUUGGGACGGACUGCCAUCUGGCUUUGUUCAUACAUAAAAAGGCAGUAAUAGUGUUUAGCUCUUCUGACCUGAGUGGCAAUACCCUCACUCACUGCAUAGUCUUGUGAUCACGUUAGGAACCUCAAAAUCCAGUUGAAAUCUAAUAAUUGUCCACUCACAAAGCUGAAAAUCCAUCUUUCCUACUUUCCUUCUUUUAAUACAAUCCUGAUGCAGAACGACAACCAAUUUUACCCUGAAAUGAAGGCACCUCCCCUUGAGUAUCAAAUGGGUAACAAUUAUAUGCAUAUCCCUGUUGCACCUGCUUUUGGUGCAGAUUUACCUCCAGGUCCCAUGCACAUGAAACACUUUCAUGGCAUCGAGUUUCAACCCUCUGAAGUUUGCCCCAGGAAUUUCAUUAUCUUCGACCAGACUGAUCAUCGCAGUCAGAUCAUGUUCCACCCUGCAAUUGCACACAAAUUUAGUAGUCCUGGUUUAAACAUGGGUACAGCUUAUGUCCCCAGCAAUUUUGGAGGAAAAGAGACAAAUAUUGAAGCCAGAGAAAUAUCAUCUACUCUUAGAGAGGAUUCAGAUGAUAUUGAUGCAUUGCUGAGCUUGGAAGAGGAAGAACAAAAAUAUGAUGAGGAAGAGGUAAGCACAGCGCGGACUUAUGGCAAUUACGGAAGCUCGUCACCUGAAUCUUGUUCCAAUUAUGGUUCAAAGACCAAGAAGAACAGAUCAUCUUCUUCAAUUCAUAGGUCUUCUGACGGUGCUAGUAGCAGCUGCAAUGAUGAAAGGAAACGACAGAAAAUGAAGAAGAUGGUGAGGGCACUGAAAGGGAUUGUACCUGGUGGCAAUCAAAUGACUACUGUCACUGUUCUAGACGAAGCUGUUCAGUACUUGAAGUCUCUCAAGGUUGAAGUUCAGAAGCUUGGAGUUGGUAAUUUAAGGGAUUGAGCUUUGAAGUAUGUUGUGGUGAAUGGUAAUUGCUAUCGAACUCUCUUUGUUUCUACUAUUGCAGUUAUGGUGUGUUAGUUUUUUCUCUCUUCCACUAUCUCCCUCUCCCCCUCUACAGGUCGGCUUGAUGAAAAUAAAAACAGCUGGUAUUCAGCACCAUGGUUCAAUUCCGAAAUUCCAGUCGUCAAAGGGGUAUACCAAUUUGAGACUGCAUCCCAUUGUUGGGCCUGUUGAGAAGUGUGGAGAUAGUUAAGUUUGAUCCAAGGAGUCUAUAUGUAAUAUUUAAUCUCUUUUCUAGUUGCAAACGUAAUUACGUACUGUGUGUUGCCACUACUCUCGACUACUAUAUACUUGUGCCCUCUUUUUUUAAGUACUUGGAAUGAUAAAUAAUUUCCUUCAAUAUUUGGUUACUAAUGCUUAUUGCUUUUGACUCCA